AUGUGGAAGGUUGUGCGAUUCGCAGCGUCCAGAUCGCGGCAGUUCUCCACGGCGAUUCCCUGGCCGUGCAAGGUCCACAAGCGUGGCACUGAUAUCCUCCACGAUCCUUGGUUCAACAAGGAUACUGGGUUUCCCUUAACUGAAAGGGAUCGAUUGGGUCUUCGGGGCCUCCUUCCUCCUCGUGUCAUUUCAUUUGAGCAUCAAUAUGAUCGAUUUAUGGAUUCAUACAGAUCUUUGGAGAAGAAUACACAGGGCCAAUCAGAUAAAUUUGUUUCUUUAUCCAAAUGGAGGAUCUUAAAUAGAUUGCAUGACAGGAAUGAGACUCUGUAUUACAGAGUUCUGAUCGAUAACAUCAAAGAGUUUGCUCCAAUAAUCUAUACUCCUACAGUUGGAUUAGUGUGUGAAAAUUAUUCAGGGUUAUUUAGACGCCCACGUGGAAUGUAUUUUAGUGCCAAAGAUAGAGGAGAGAUGAUGUCAAUGAUCUAUAAUUGGCCAGCCGACGAGGUAGACAUGAUUGUCUUGACAGACGGUAGUCGUAUUCUUGGCUUGGGUGACCUUGGCGUUCAGGGCAUUGGAAUACCCAUAGGAAAACUUGACAUGUACGUUGCUGCUGCUGGUAUCAACCCUCGAAAAAUACUUCCAGUUAUGUUAGAUGUUGGUACAAACAAUGAAACGCUACUCAAAGAUCCCCUUUGUGAGUAG